CCCACGCCGCGCCGCGCCGGCGCCGGGCGGCAGGAUGGGCUGUAUCCAAAGCAUCACCUGCAAGGCGCGGAUCCGGCGCGAGAACAUCGUGGUGUACGAUGUGUGCGCCACCAUCGACCAGUGCCCCACGCGCAUCGAGGAGACCUCGCCCAUCGUCCUGCGCUACAAGACCCCCUACUUCAAAGCCUCGGCCCGCGUGGUCAUGCCCCCCAUCCCCCGCCACGAGACCUGGGUGGUGGGCUGGAUCCAGGCGUGCAACCAGAUGGAGUUCUUCAACACCUACAGCGACCUGGGCAUGUCAAGCUGGGAACUACCUGACUUGAGGGAAGGGAGAGUAAAAGCCAUCAGUGAUUCAGAUGGGGUGAGCUACCCUUGGUACGGGAACACCACAGAAACUGUGACCCUGGUUGGUCCCACCAACAAGAUCUCCAGGUUCUCCGUCAGCAUGAAUGACAACUUCUACCCAAGUGUGACGUGGGCAGUGCCAGUGAGUGACAGCAAUGUGCCACUGCUCACAAGGAUCAAGAGGGACCAAAGUUUCACUACCUGGCUGGUGGCCAUGAAUACCACCACGAAGGAGAAGAUCAUUCUACAGACCAUCAAGUGGAGGAUGAGAGUGGACAUUGAGGUGGACCCUCUUCAGCUCUUGGGGCAACGGGCCCGGCUGGUGGGCAGGACUCAGCAGGAGCAGCCCCGGAUCCUGAGCCGGAUGGAACCCAUCCCCCCCAAUGCACUAGUGAAACCCAAUGCCAACGAUGCCCAGGUUCUCAUGUGGAGGCCCAAGCGAGGACCACCUCUGGUUGUGAUCCCUCCUAAGUAGAAGCAGACUGGCCUGUGUGUGGAGCACAUGACGCUAUGACAUGCAGUGAGGCUGCCAGGGGUGGCAGGAGCCAAACUGAGUUUCUGAGCCAAAGCAGACCACUUGGUUUGCCAGCAUUUGCAGCCACUUAUGAAGAGUAGGGCUGCUUCUUGGGUGGUAGAACCAUAAUCCUUAGGAAAAGUCCCUUCCUUUUAGGAAUAAAGAAAUCACUGAUUUGACAGACUUGCUGUGAUUACCAUGCAAGUAGCCAUAUUUUGGAGCUGACCAGGAUGAUUCUUUUAUCUGAACUACUGACCAUUUCUUUCCUGUGAGAUGCAGGGGAUGGAAACAAAAUUAAACAGUGCCUGUGGCAAAUGCUGCUUCCCAACCAAUUAGAAGUGGGAGUGAAAACAUCCACACCAGGUGUCACCUAGUAGGACAAGGCACGUCCAGCAAGCAGAACCACAUGGCAGAGACUAAAGAGGAGGAAAUGAGCCA